AUGUCGCCAGACACGCAUACCACAGAUCUCCUUGGUCAGCUAUCCGAAACAUCAACCAAGAUCUACAACAACAUCGACCCCCACAAUCCACAUAUAUAUCUAGACCGAGCAAGGAUAUAUGCCAAACUGCGAUUCCAUGAUCUUGCAGCGGCAGACGCAUAUAGGGCGUUGGCCUUGCUAGAAUGUGUCUUUGAGCCUGAUUCAGCUGAGUAUGUUGCUCGGCGACGACGGCGGGAUGAUCAUGAAGAUGAAGAUGAGGACGAAGAAUUUGUCGAAAUCACUCGCGAAGAGUACGACUCCAUGAUUGGCGAGACAUAUUUACUUCUUGUCCAGAGUCUUGCGCGAUGUGGGUGCUUGCGUGAUGCAUACGACUUCCAGUCCAGAGCCAUGGAGCAUUUGUCCGAGUUGAUGGAAGAGGGAAAGCAAAACCAAGCCGGGUCAGUGAAUAAUGAUAGUUUUAGCCGUGCGAUUUACCUGCUCAAAGAGCCCGGUGAAACAAAAAUACUUGCGCCAGAGGGCAGCACCGCAACCCUGCCUGCCCAGGGAUAUGCGCGUAGAGUCCUUUACCCCUGGAACGAUCACGAACCUAACCGCAAAGCCCCAGAGACACUCGCCCUGCUCAACGAGCGGCUGGAGGCAGUGGCGCCGAACCUCGAAGUCAGAGCUGUUGAAUUACCGGCUCUACAUGGUAAUGCCCCCGUCGAUGGUCUUGAUGGCCGAGCAAACAGUGGCGAUGGUGAAGGAGAGGGAGAAGAAGUGUCAGUCCAACUCGGUCUCUUUGCGAAAAGGGAUCUUCAACCCGGAGAAAUUAUUCUACGAGAAUCAUCUCUUCUCACGGCUACGAACCGUCUGCAUGACGAUUUAUGCGAUGCCUGCAACGGACCAUUACCCGAUCUAUCAGGCAAUGGCAACAGCGAUGCAGUCGCCUGUCAAGAAUGCGACGACAUCAUCUUUUGCAGCCAGACCUGCCACGACCAGGCCCAAGAAACCUACCACGGAGCCAUCUGCGGUCAAGAAGGGCUGGAAUCAAUCGGCAAAGACGUUGCUGACCCCAAGGACAAAGCCGAUUAUCUCUACUUUCUCCUCCUGGUGCGCUCUAUUGCUAUGGCCGCCACACAAGACACACAUCCCCUAGACCUGCCCGAGAUUAAAUAUAUAUGGGGUGACUUCCACGAAUAUCAUGACGAUCGUCUGUCGAGUGACGAAAAUGAUAAUGACAAUAAUGACUUCGCGUUGCCAUUCUCCUUCCAACUCAAUAUCCUCCAGCCAAUGCGCCUUCUCGAAGAAAUGGGUCUAGACCCCUUCACCACUCUCUCUCGAUAUGAUACAUGGAUACUGAAUACGCUCUAUGCCAAAUUCAGGGGCACCGCAUCCGGCCGUCUGUCGACCUGGGACGGCGGCCCAGAAGUCUGCGCCGUGCAUCCGCUAUGGUGUCUAGCGAACCAUUCCUGCGAUCCGAAUGUGCGAUGGGAAUGGGGCGGAGAGAUUUGUUUUGUCGUCAGGAAACAGGAGGAGAAGGCUGUUUGGAGACGGAAGUCAUCAUCAUCUAAUGAGAAGGAGGCUGGUGACGGCUCGCCUAUCAUCCGCCAGAAUGAAGAAAUAUUAAAUCAUUACUGUGAUAUUGGGCUUGAUGUCAAGCAGCGAAGAGAUUGGGCGAAGGGGGCACUCGGCGGAUUGUGUCAGUGUGCGAGAUGUCAAUGGGAAGCUGCUUAG